GGGGAACAGGAACGAUCAGGAACGCUAGUUUUGAGUCAGCUGCAGCUCUCUGAACUCUCUCAGUGUCAUCCACUACAAAGGAGAGGAGCUUGUGGCCGGUGGAGCUGUGAAGAUGGCUGGUGCCAGUGUGGGUACAGUGCUGGCAGUGGCAGUGCUGAUCACCGGUGCCGUGCACUGCAUGCCCAACGGGUUGAGAAAGAGCAGGAGGCAGGCACCGCCGCGAUCCGUACCAUCCGUCUCACAAGAUGAGUGUUUUGAGAAUGGACGGGUGUAUGGACUGGGUGAGCAGUGGGAGCGGUCCUAUCGGGACAGGGUGCUACUUUGCACUUGCUAUGGAGUUAGUGGCAUCCAGUGUGAAACGAAACCUGAAUCCGAGGAGAUCUGCUACGAUAAAGUGAACGCUCGCUCGUACAGAGUGGGAGAGACCUACGAGAGGCCGAAGGACGGAAUGAUCUGGGAUUGCACAUGCAUUGGCUCUGGCAGAGGAAAAAUUAGCUGCACCAUUGCCAACCGUUGUCAUGAAGGGGGAAAUUCUUAUAAGAUUGGAGACACAUGGAGAAGACCACAUGACACUGGAGAAUACAUGCUGGAGUGUCUCUGCCUGGGCAAUGGCAAAGGAGAAUGGACGUGCAAACCUGUUGCGGAGCGCUGUUAUGACAAUGCAGCUGGCACCUCUUACGUGGUGGGUGAUACCUGGGAGAAACCCUACCAGGGUUGGAUGAUCGUAGACUGUACCUGUCUGGGGGAGGGAAGCGGACGCAUCACUUGCACAUCAAGAAAUCGCUGUAAUGACCAGGACACACGCAUGUCUUACCGCAUCGGAGAUACUUGGACUAAGACAGACGCCCGUGGAAACAUCUUGCAGUGUUUGUGCACCGGUAAUGGCCGUGGGGAGUGGAAAUGUGAAAGGCAUGCUUCUCUGCACACGUCCGGCCUGGGUACCGGUUCCCGUGUGGUUACCAACGUACAGCCGGCCGUGUUCCAACCCCUGCCCAUUCCUAUGGCCCCUCUUGAGGGCACUUGUGUGACAGACUCUGGAGUGACUUAUGGUCUGGGAAUGCGCUGGAUCAAGACUCAGGGCAGCAAGCAGAUGUUGUGUACCUGCCUGGGAAAUGGUGUCAGCUGUGAAGACUGGGAGGGUCACGCUCGGGUUUUUGGCGGUAACUCCAACGGACAGCCUUGCGUUUUCCCCUUUGUGUCCAUGGGCAAGACCUACUACUCGUGCACCACGGAUGGACGCAGUGAUGGCCAGCUGUGGUGCAGCACUACCCCUGAUUUUGAGAAAGAUCACAAGUUUUCCCUCUGCACGGAGAAGAAUGUUUUGGUCUCAACCAGAGGAGGAAACUCCUACGGCGCUCUGUGCCACUUUCCUUUCCUCUACCACGGCCGUAACUACACUGAUUGCACUGCUGAUGGACGCAGGGACGGCAUGAAGUGGUGCGGAACCACGUAUAACUUUGAUGGAGAACAGCAGUACGGCUUCUGUCCCAUGACUGCCAACGAGGAGGUGUGCACUUCCAGUGAAGGAGUGAUGUACCGUGUGGGGGAUCAGUGGGACAAACGCCAUGAUGUCCUGGGUCACAUGAUGCGCUGCACUUGCGUUGGAAAUGGACGAGGGGAGUGGAGCUGCAUUGCCUACUCGCAGCUUAAAGAUCAGUGCGUUGUGGAUGGCCUGACAUAUGAGGUGAAUCAAACCUUCACUAAGCGGCACGAUGAAGGUUACAUGAUGAACUGCACCUGCUUUGGCCAGGGCCGGGGACGCUGGAAGUGCGAUGCCAUUGACCAGUGCCAGGAACCAGAAACCAGAGUCUUUUAUCAGAUUGGAGAGUCAUGGGACAAAGUCAUUCAUGGAAUCCGCUACAAGUGUUACUGUCAUGGUAAUGGGGUUGGAGAGAUGAGCUGUGAGCCCAUGCACUCUUUCCGUGGUGGUUCCCGUCCAGUUCAGGUGAUUAUUACAGAAGCUGGCAACCAGCCCAAUUCGCACCCUAUCCAAUGGAAUGCUCCAUCUUCCACUCACAUCAGCCAGUACAUACUUAAGUGGAGGGAGAAAAACUCUCAUACUGCAUGGAGGGAGGUUAUUAUUCCAGGUCAUUUAACUUCUUACACCAUUGCUGGACUGAAGCCAGGCAUCACCUAUGAGGGUCAGCUAAUCAGCAUCCUUCGCCUCGGACAUCGAGAGGUCACUCGCUUUGACUUCACCACCACCUAUGGUUCCUUGGGCGUAUUUGAAGGAGAGACGACCCCCCCGCCUCCAGAGGUGGACAUCUCAGAAUCCGUGACCGAGAUCACCUCCAGCAGCUUCGUUAUCUCUUGGGUUUCUGCCUCCGACACUGUAUCUGGUUUCAGAGUGGAGUAUGAGCUCAACGAGCAGAGAGGAAACCAAGGCCAGCCAAUGAUCCUAAAUCUGCCCCACACGACCACCUCUGUAAAUCUACACGAGCUGCUGCCAGGCAGGAAGUACACCGUCAACGUGUAUGAAGUUACUAAUGAGGGCGACUCCAACCUAAUCCUGACCACCUCCCAAAUUACAGCACCUGAUGCUCCCACGGAUCAUGAGGUCGAAAAUGUUGAUGAAACCUCCAUCACACUACGCUGGUCUAAACCUCUGGCUCCCAUCUCAGGCUACCGUGUAGUUUAUAGUCCAUCGGUGGAGGGAAGCUCCGGCAGCACUGAGCUAAACCUUCCCAAUACUCAGACAUCUGUGACUCUGAGUGACCUUCGACCUGGACAUCUGUAUAACAUCAGCAUCUUUGCUGUAGAAAAGGAUCUGGAGAGCAAGCCUGUGUUCAUGCAGGUCAACACUGCUGGAGAACCAGGGCCAGAAGUAAUCCUCUCGCCAACCGACUUGCAGUUUUUCGAGGUUUCCGAAUCAAAGAUCACGAUCACUUGGAACGCUCCUUCCCCGGACAUUUCUGCUUACCGUGUAUCCGUGGGUCUGGUGGGCUCGGAUGGACUGAUCGAGAAACAGGCCCAGUUACCCGUCACCUACAAUACUUACGCGGAGAUCGGCCCGCUGGAGCCGGGAACCCUCUACCGCUUCUUCGUCUUCGCCAUCAAGGACGGAGAGGAGAGCGAGCCGCUGGUUGGAGAGCACGCCACCAAACCGGACGUACCCACCAACCUGCGUUUGUCAGACGUGACUGAGGACAGUGCUUUAAUGACCUGGUCAGCUCCCAAAGCCAAGGUCACUGGUUACAGGCUCUUUCUAACUCUAGCGGGUUCGAACCCCACGCAGCUGCGCAUCCCUGGUCAUCUGAAGCAGUACACGCUGCUUAACCUGCAGCCGGACACACCGUACACGGCCACACUGCACUCAGAGAAGGGCAACGUGGUCAGUGAGGGAGUCACAGUGACCUUCAAGACCUCCCCGCUGAUGAGAAACGCCCCUCGCUUCACCACUGAUGUCACCGACACCUCUAUUGUUAUUUCCUGGAGUCCCAUGCCCAGAGUAGGAUAUAAGUUGACCGUGAGGCCCAGUCAAGGCGGCGAAACCCCCAGGGAAGUGACCUCUGAAUCCGGCAGCAUCUCAAUCUCAGGCCUGACCCCUGGAAAGGAGUACGUCUACAGCGUCCAGCCGGUCAUCGGCGGACACGAGCAGGGGAGCCCCAUCACUCGCCGUGUGGUCACACCUCUUCCUUCACACACUGAUCCUAAUCCAAACAAUGUCGACCUGACCGAGCACGGGAACGAAGCCAAAACUUCAGGUGCCCCCACCAACCUGCACUUGUUCAAUGUAACCGAGGACAGUGCCCUGAUCAUCUGGUCAGCUCCCCGAGGUCACAUCACCGGUUACAGGCUCUUCUUGACGGUACAGGGCUCAAAUAGCAGGCAGAUUCACGUCCCCGGUCAUCUGACGCAGUACGCGCUGUUUAACCUGCAGCCGGACACGCCGUACAGCGUCAAUCUGCACUCGGAGAAGAACAACGUGCUCAGUGAAGGAGCCACAGUGACCUUCAGGACAACCCAGCCAAUAAGAAACACUCCUCGUCUCAGCACUGAUGUAACAGACACCUCGCUCCUGAUCUCCUGGAGUCCUGUACCCAGACUAGGAUAUAAGUUGACCGUGAGACCCAGUCAAGGCGGCGAAGCCCCCAGGGAAGUGACCUCUGAAUCGGGCAGCAUCUCAAUCUCAGGCCUGACCCCUGGAGUGGAAUACACCUACAGCAUACAGCCGGUCAUCAACGGCCACAGGCAGGGCAACCCCAUCACUCACCGUGUUGUCACACCUCUGUCACCACCUACUGAUUUCAACCUGGAAACCAACCCAAACACUAGAGUGGAUUGGAAUGGAGCCUCAACUCCAGACGCCCCUAACAACCUGCGCUUGUCUGACCUGACCGAGGACAGCGCUCAGAUCAUCUGGUCAGCUCCCCGUGCACAUAUUACUGGAUACAGGCUCUUCCUGGCUGUGGAAGGCUCGAACCCUGAGCAACUGCGCAUCCCCGGCCAUCUGAAGCAGUACACGCUGCUGAACCUGCAGCCAGACACACCGUACUUGGCCACACUGCACUCAGAGAAGGACAACUUGCUCAGCGAAGGAGCCACAGUGACCUUCAAAACACCUCUGCCAACAACAAACACUCCUCACUUCAACACUGAUGUGACCGACACCUCGCUGGUCAUCACCUGGAGUACUGUACCCAGACAAGGAUAUAAGUUGACAGUGAAGCCCAGUCAAAGCAGCGAAGCCCCCAAGGAGGAAACCUCAGAAUCAGGUAGAAUCGCUAUCUCGGGCUUGUCUCCUGGAGUGGAAUACAUCUACAGCGUCCAGCCAGUCAUCAACGGUCAAAGGCAGGGCAACCCCGUCACACGGCGUGUCGUCACACCUCUGUCUGUACCCUCCGAAUCUGACACAGAGACCAACCCAAACACUGGAGGGGUGUGGAGCAGAGACAAAACUCCAGACGCCCCAACCAACCUGCAUUUGUCUGACGUGACUGAGGACAGUGCUCAGGUCAUCUGGUCAGCUUCCCGAGUUCAAAUCACCGGAUACAGGCUCUUCCUGACCGUGGAGGGUUCAAAUCCCAAGCAGCUUCAUAUUCCUGGUCAUCUGAAGCAGUACACACUGCUGAACCUGCAGCCGGACACACCGUACACGGUCACACUGCACUCAGAGAAGAACAACGUGCUCAGUGAAGGAGCCACAGUGACCUUCAGAACCUCUCUGCCAACAACAAACACGCCUCACUUCAACACUGAUAUGACCGACACCUCCCUGGUCAUCUCCUGGAGUCCUGUACCCAGACAAGGAUAUAAGUUGACAGUGAAGCCCAGUCAAGGUGGUGAAGCCCCCAGAGAGGAAACCUCAGAAUCAGGUAGAAUCGCUAUCUCAGGCUUGUCUCCUGGAGUGGAAUACAUCUACAGCGUCCAGCCAGUCAUCAACGGUCAAAGGCAGGGCAACCCCGUCACACGCCGUGUCGUCACACCUCUGUCUAUACCCACCGAUUUUGACACAGAGACCAACCCAAACACUGGAGGGGUGUGGAGCAGAGACAAAACUCCAGACGCCCCAACCAACCUGCAUUUGACUGAUGUGACUGAGGACAGCGCUCAGAUCAUCUGGUCAGCACCCCGAGUUCAUAUCACCGGAUACAGGCUCUUCCUGACCGUGGAGGGUUCAAACCCCAAGCAGCUUCAUAUUCCUGGUUAUCUGAAGCAGUACACACUGCUGAACCUGCAGCCGGACACACCGUACACGGCCACACUGCACUCAGAGAAGAACAACGUACUCAGUGAAGGAGCCACAGUGACCUUCAGAACCUCUCUGCCAACAACAAACACUCCUCACUUCAACACUGAUGUGACCGACACCUCGCUGGCCAUCUCCUGGAGUCCUGUACCCAGACAAGGAUAUGAGUUGACAGUGAAGCCCAGUCAAAGCAGCGAAGCCCCCAGAGAGGAAACCUCAGAAUCAGGUAGAAUCGCUAUCUCAGGCUUGUCUCCUGGAGUGGAAUACAUCUACAGCGUCCAGCCAGUCAUCAACGGUCAAAGGCAGGGCAAUUCCGUCACACGCCGUGUCGUCACACCUCUGUCUAUACCCACCGAUUUUGACACGGAGACCAACCCAAACACUGGAGGGGUGUGGAGCAGAGACAAAACUCCAGACGCCCCAACCAACUUGCAUUUGUCCGACGUGACUGAGGACAGUGCUCAGAUCAUCUGGUCAGCUCCUCGAACUCAUAUUACCGGGUACAGGCUCUUCCUGACCGUGGAGGGUUCAAAUCCCAAGCAGCUUCAUAUUCCUGGUCAUCUGAAGCAGUACACACUGCUGACCCUGCAACCGGACUCACCGUACACGGCCACACUGCACUCGAAGAAAGACAACGUGCUCAGUGAAGGAGCCACAGUGACCUUCAGAACCUCUCUGCCUACAAGAAACACUCCUCACUUCAACACUGAUGUCACCGACACCUCGCUGGUCAUCUCCUGGAGUCCUGUACCCAGACAAGGAUAUAAGUUGACAGUGAAGCCCAGUCAAGGUGGUGAAGCCCCCAGAGAGGAAACCUCAGAAUCAGGUAGAAUCGCUAUCUCAGGCUUGUCUCCUGGAGUGGAAUACAUUUACAGCGUCCAGCCAGUCAUCAACGGUCAAAGGCAGGGCAACCCCGUCACACGGCGUGUCGUCACACCUCUGUCUAUACCCACCGAGUUUGACACAGAGACCAACCCAAACACUGGAGGGGUGUGGAGCAGAGACAAAACUCCAGACGCCCCAACCAACCUGCAUUUGUCCGAUGUGACUGAGGACAGUGCUCGGAUCGUCUGGUCAGCACCCCAAGCUCUUAUUACCGAAUACAGGCUCUCCCUGACUGUUGAGGGUUCAAACCCCAAGCAAGUGCGUAUUCCUGGUCAUCUGGAGCAGUACACACUGCUGUUCCUGCAGCCGGACACACCGUACACGGCCACACUGCACUCAGAGAAUAACAACGUGCUCAGUAAAGGAGCCACAGUGACCUUCAGAACCUCUCUGCCAACAACAAAAACUCCUCACUUCAACACUGAUGUGACCAACACCUCCCUGGUCAUCUCCUGGAGUCCUGUACCCAGACAAGGAUAUAAGUUGACAGUGAAGCCCAGUCAAGGUGGUGAAGCCCCCAAAGAGGAAACCUCAGAAUCAGGUAGAAUCGCUAUCUCAGGCUUGUCUCCUGGAGUGGAAUACAUCUACAGCGUCCAGCCAGUCAUCAACGGUCAAAGGCAGGGCAACCCCGUCACACGGCAUGUCAUCACACCUCUGUCUAUACCCACCGAUUUUGACACGGAGACCAACCCAAACACUGGAGUGGUGUGGAGCAGAGACAAAACUCCAGACGCCCCAACCAACCUGCAUUUGUCCGACGUGACUGAGGACAGUGCUCAGGUCAUCUGGUCAGCUCCCCAAACUCAUAUCACUGGAUACAGGCUCUUUCUGACCGUGGAGGGUUCAAACCCCAAGCAAGUGCGUAUUCCUGGUCAUCUGAAGCAGUACACACUGCUGACCCUGCAGCCGGACACACCGUAUACGGCCACACUGCACUCAGAGAAAGACAACGUGCUCAGUGAAGGAGCCACAGUGACCUUCAGAACCUCUCUGCCAACAACAAACACUCCUCACUUCAACACUGAUGUGACCGACACCUCCCUGGUCAUCUCCUGGAGUCCUUUACCCAGACAAGGAUAUGAGUUGACAGUGAAUCCCAGUCAAGGUGGUGAAGCCCCCAGAGAGGAAACCUCAGAAUCAGGUAGAAUCGCUAUCUUAGGCUUGUCUCCUGGAGUGGAAUACAUCUACAGCGUCCAACCGGUCAUCAACGGUCAAAGGCAGGGCAACCCCGUCACACGGCGUGUCAUCACACCUCUGUCUAUACCCACCGAUUUUGACACGGAGACCAACCCAAACACUGGAGUGGUGUGGAGCAGAGACAAAACUCCAGACGCCCCAACCAACCUGCAUUUGUCCGACGUGACUGAGGACAGUGCUCAGAUCAUCUGGUCAGCUCCCCAAACUCAUAUCACUGGAUACAGGCUCUUUCUGACCGUGGAGGGUUCAAACCCCAAGCAAGUGCGUAUUCCUGGUCAUCUGAAGCAGUACACACUGCUGACCCUGCAGCCGGACACACCGUAUACGGCCACACUGCACUCAGAGAAGGACAACGUGCUCGGUGAAGGAGCCACAGUGACCUUCAGAACCUCUCUGCCAACAACAAACACUCCUCGCUUCAACACUGAUGUGACCGACACCUCCCUGGUCAUCUCCUGGAGUCCUGUACCCAGACAAGGAUAUGAGUUGACAGUGAAUCCCAGUCAAGGUGGUGAAGCCCCCAGAGAGGAAACCUCAGAAUCAGGUAGAAUCGCUAUCUCGGGCUUGUCUCCUGGAGUGGAAUACAUCUACAGCGUCCAACCGGUCAUCAACGGUCAAAGGCAGGGCAACCCCGUCACACGGCGUGUCAUCACACCUCUGUCUGUACCCACCGAUUUUGAUACAGAGACCAACCCAAACACUGGAGGGGUGUGGAGCAGAGACAAAACUCCAGACGCCCCAACCAACCUGCAUUUGUCCGAUGUGACUGAGGACAGUGCUCGGAUCGUCUGGUCAGCACCCCAAGCUCUUAUUACCGAAUACAGGCUCUCCCUGACCGUUGAGGGUUCAAACCCCAAGCAAGUGCGUAUUCCUGGUCAUCUGGAGCAGUACACACUGCUGUUCCUGCAGCCGGACACACCGUACACGGCCACACUGCACUCAGAGAAUAACAACGUGCUUAGUGAAGGAGCCACAGUGACCUUCAGAACCUCUCUGCCAACAACAAACACUCCUCGCUUCAACACUGAUGUGACCGACACCUCCCUGGUCAUCUCCUGGAGUCCUGUACCCAGACAAGGAUAUAAGUUGACAGUGAAGCCCAGUCAAGGUGGUGAAGCACCCAAAGAGGAAACCUCAGAAUCAGGUAGAAUCGCUAUCUCAGGCUUGUCUCCUGGAGUGGAAUACAUCUACAGCGUCCAGCCAGUCAUCAACGGUCAAAGGCAGGGCAACCCCGUCACACGGCAUGUCAUCACACCUCUGUCUAUACCCACCGAGUUUGAUACAGAGACCAACCCAAACACUGGAGGGGUGUGGAGCAGAGACAAAACUCCAGACGCCCCAACCAACUUGCAUUUGACUGACGUGACUGAGGACAGUGCUCAGAUCAUCUGGUCAGCUCCUCGAACUCAUAUCACCGGAUACAGGCUCUUCCUGACCGUGGAGGGUUCAAACCCCAAGCAAGUGCGUAUUCCUGGUCAUCUGGAGCAGUACACACUGCUGACCCUGCAGCCGGACACACCGUACACGGCCACACUGCACUCAGAGAAGGACAACGUGCUCGGUGAAGGAGCCACAGUGACCUUCAGAACCUCUCUGCCAACAAAAAACACUCCUCGCUUCAACACUGAUGUGACCGACACCUCCCUGGUCAUCUCCUGGAGUCCUGUACCCAGACAAGGAUAUAAGUUGACAGUAAAUCCCAGUCAAGGUGGUGAAGCCCCCAAAGAGGAAAUCUCAGAAUCAGGUAGAAUCGCUAUCUCGGGCUUGUCUCCUGGAGUGGAAUACAUCUACAGCGUCCAACCGGUCAUCAACGGUCAAAGGCAGGGCAACCCCGUCACACGGCGUGUCGUCACACCUCUGUCUGUACCCACCGAGUUUGACACGGAGACCAACCCAAACACUGGAGGGGUGUGGAGCAGAGACAAAACUCCAGACGCCCCAACCAACCUGCAUUUGUCCGACGUGACUGAAGACAGUGCUCAGAUCAUCUGGUCAGCUCCCCGAACUCAUAUCUCCGGAUACAGGCUCUUUCUGACCGUUGAGGGUUCAAACCCCAAGCAAGUGCGUAUUCCUGGUCAUCUGAAGCAGUACACACUGCUGACCCUGCAGCCGGACACACCGUACACGGCCACACUACACUCGGAGAAGGACAACGUGCUCAGUGAAGGAGCCACAGUGACCUUCAGAACCUCUCUGCCAACAACAAACACUCUUCACUUCAACACUGAUGUGACCGACACCUCCCUGGUCAUCUCCUGGAGUCCUGUACCCAGACAAGGAUAUAAGUUGACAGUAAAGCCCAGUCAAGGUGGUGAAGCCCCCAGAGAGGAAACCUCAGAAUCAGGUAGAAUCGCUAUCUCAGGCUUGUCUCCUGGAGUGGAAUACAUCUACAGCGUCCAGCCAGUCAUCAACGGUCAAAGGCAGGGCAACCCCGUCACACGCCGUGUCGUCACACCUCUGUCUAUACCCACCGAUUUUGACACCGAGACCAACCCAAACACUGGAGGGGUGUGGAGCAGAGACAAAACUCCAGAGGCCCCAACCAACCUGCAUUUCACUGACGUGACAGAGGACAGCGCUCAGAUCAUCUGGUCAGCUCCCCGAACUCAUAUUAGCGAAUACAGGCUCUUUCUGACCGUUGAGGGUUCAAACCCCAAGCAGCUUCAUAUUCCUGGUCAUCUGAAGCAGUACACGCUGCUGAACCUGCAGCCGGACACACUGUACACGGCCACACUGCACUCGGAGAAGAACAACGUGCUCAGUGAAGGAGCCACAGUGACCUUCAGAACCUCUCUGCCAACAACAAACACUCCUCGCUUCAACACUGAUGUCACCGACACCUCCCUGGUCAUCUCCUGGAGUCCUGUACCCAGACAAGGAUAUAAGUUGACAGUGAAGCCCAGUCAAGGUGGUGAAGCCCCCAGAGAGGAAACCUCAGAAUCAGGUAGAAUCGCUAUCUCAGGCUUGUCUCCUGGAGUGGAAUACAUCUACAGCGUCCAGCCAGUCAUCAACGGUCAAAGGCAGGGCAAUUCCGUCACACGCCGUGUCGUCACACCUCUGUCUAUACCCACCGAUUUUGACACAGAGACCAACCCAAACACUGGAGGGGUGUGGAGCAGAGACAAAACUCCAGACGCCCCAACCAACCUGCAUUUGACUGACGUGACUGAGGACAGUGCUCAGAUCAUCUGGUCAGCUCCCCGAACUCAUAUCAGCGGAUACAGGCUCUUCCUGACCGUGGAGGGUUCAAACCCCAAGCAGCUUCAUAUUCCUGGUUAUCUGAAGCAGUACACACUGCUGAACCUGCAGCCGGACACACCGUACACGGCCACACUGCACUCAGAGAAGAACAACGUGCUCCGUGAAGGAGCCACAGUGACCUUCAGAACCUCUCUGCCAACAACAAACACUCCUCGCUUCAACACUGAUGUGACCGACACCUCCCUGGUCAUCUCCUGGAGUCCUGUACCCAGACAAGGAUAUAAGUUGACCGUGAGACCCAGCCAAGGUGGUGAAGCCCCCAGAGAAGUGACCUCUGAAUCAGGCAGCAUCUCUAUCUCUGGUCUGACCCCUGGAGUGGAAUACACCUACAGCGUCCAGCCGGUCAUCAACGGUCAUGGGCAGGGCGACCCCAUCACUCGCCGUGUGGUCACACCGCUGUCCCCACCGACAGAUCUCGAGGAGGACAGUAACACAGCCAAAACUCCAGAUGCUCCUACCAACCUGCACUUGACGGACAGGACUGACGACAGUGCUGUAUUAAUGUGGUCAGCUCCACAAGCUCACGUCACUGCAUACAGAAUCAUCCUGACCACAGAGGGUUCAAACCCCAAGCAGCUGCGCAUCCCCGGUCGCCUGACGCAGUACACGCUGCUGAACCUGGAGCCGGACACGCCGUACACGGCCACGCUGCACUCGGAGAAGGGCAACGUGAUCAGUGAAGGAGCCACAGUGACCUUCAGAACCUCUCCGCCAAAUGUUCCUCCCUUUACCACCGACGUCACAGACACCACUCUUCUUUUCUCCUGGCGUCCUGCACCCAAACUAGCAUUUAAGUUUACCGUGAGGCCCAGUCAGGGCGGCGAAGCCACCAGGGAAGUGACCUCCGAAUUUGGCACCCUCCCAAUCUCAGGUCUGACCCCUGGAAAGGAGUACAUCUACAGCGUUCAGCCGGUCAUCAGCGGACACGAGCAGGGGAGCCCCAUCACUCGCCGUGUGGUCACACCUCUGUCCCCUCCCAUCGUUCUCAAACCGGAGACCGACUCAAACACUGAAAUCGAAUGGAAUGGAGAGAAGACUCCAGAAACUUUUACCGGUCUGCGUUCUUCCGACGUGACCGCGGACAGCGCUCGGAUAAUCUGGUCGUCCCCUCGUGCUCCUGUCACAGCGUACCGGCUCUUCUUGAUUGUGGAAGGCUCGAACACCAAGCAGCUGCGCAUCCCCGGUCGCCUGACGCAGUACACGCUGCUGAACCUGGAGCCGGACACGCCGCACACUGUCAGACUUCACUCGGAGGAGGGCAACGUGCUCGGCGAGGGAGCCACAGUGACCUUCAGGACCUCUCGACCAAACAGCCCUCGCUUUACCACUGAUGUCGGAGAUACCUUCAUGAGCAUCUCCUGGAGUCCUGUACCCAGAGUAGGAUAUAAGUUAACCAUAAGGCCGAGUGAGGGCGGCGAAUCCCCCAUGGAAGUGACCUCUGAAUCGGGCAACAUCUCUAUUUUAGGCCUGACUCCUGGAGUGGAAUACACAUACAGCAUCCAGCCGGUCGCCAACGGUCAUGAGCAGGGCAACCCCAUCACUGGUCGUGUGGUCACACCUCUGUCCCCUCUCACCGAUGACUUCGACACCCAUCCAGACAAUGAAGUAGAUCUGAAUGGAGAUAAAACAGGUCCAGACGCCCCAACCAACCUGCGUUUGUCUGACGUGACCGAGGACAGCGCUCGGAUAAUCUGGUCAGCUCCACGAGCUCAUAUCACUGGAUACAGGCUCUUCCUGACCGUUGAGGGUUCAAACCCCAAGCAGCUUCAUAUUCCUGGUCAUCUGAAGCAGUACACACUGCUGAACCUGAAGCCGGACUCACCGUACACGGUCAUUCUGCACUCAGAGAAGGAGAACGUGCUCGGUGAAGGAGCCACAGUGACCUUCAGAACCUCUCUGCCAACAAACACUCCUCGCAUCAGCACUGAUGUCACCGACACUUCGCUGGUCAUCUCCUGGGUUCCUGUACCCAGACUAGGAUAUAAGUUGACAGUGAUGCCAAGUCAAGGUGGCGAAGCUCCCAGAGAGGAAACCUCAAAAUCGGGCAGCAUCUCAAUUUCAGGUCUGACCCCUGGAGUGGAAUACGUCUACAGCGCUCAGCCGGUCAUCAGCAGCCACGAGGAAGGCGACCCCAUCAUACGCACUUUCGUAACACCUCUGUCUCCAGAUGCUGAAGAUGACUUUUCAAGCUCCGGAGCUGAUUCGACAUGGGCCAAAAAUCCAGACGCCCCAACCAACCUGCACUUGUCCAAUGUGACUGAGGACAGUGCUCUUAUCAUCUGGUCAGCUCCCCGAGCUCAUAUCAGCGGAUACAGGCUCUUCCUGACCGUGGAGGGUUCAAACCCCAAGCAGAUACGCAUACCUGACCACCUGAUUCAGUACAAGCUGCUGAACCUGCAGCCGGACACACCGUACACGGCCACACUGCACUCGGAAAAGAACAACGUGCUCAGUGAAGGAGCCACAGUGACCUUCAGAACCUCCGAGCCGAUGAGAAAUGCACCUCGUUUCAACACCAAUGUCACUGACACCUCAAUCGUCAUCUCAUGGAUUCCAGUCCCCAGACUAGGAUAUAAGAUGACUGUGCGGCCCAGUCAAGGUGGCGAAGCCCCCAAAGAGGAAACCUCAGAAUCAGGCAGCAUCUCAAUCUCAGGUCUGACCCCUGGAGUGGAAUACACCUACAGCGUCCAGCCGGUCAUCAACGGACACGAGCAGGGCAACACCGUCACUCGCCGUGUCCUCACACCACUUUCUCCUCCCACUGAUCUCAACUUAAAGACUAACCCAGAAACCGGAACGAUAACGGUGCACUGGAGGGAGGCCAAAAUUCCAGAUAUCACAGGUUACAGGGUGACAGGCACUCCUUUGAACGGGCAGCAGGGUAACUCUGUGGAGGACUUCGUGAGGGCGGGUCACACCUCGUCCACUUUGGAGAACCUGAGUCCUGGAGUCAAGUACAACGUCAGUGUGUUCACAGUGAAGGGCGGCAUGAAGAGCUUACCCGUCUCCAGAACGUUCACUCUGGACGUACCACAGCUCACAGACCUUCACUUUAUUAACGUCACCGACUCCACCAUCGGUCUUACCUGGAGUCCGAUCAACUCCACGGCCGUAACGGGAUACCGCAUCACCGUGGUGGCUGCUGGCGAGAGCAUCCCCAUCUUUGAGGACUUAGUUGAGCCCACCAGGAGCUUCUACACUGUGCACGGAUUGGAGCCAGGCAUCGACUAUGACAUCAGCAUCAUCACCAUGUCCGAAAACGGCGAGAGCGAGCCCACUACAGUUACACAGCAAACAGCCGUGCCAGCUCCCUCAGUCCUGAAGUUCAGUAACGUGACUUCUGACAGCAUGACGGUGAGAUGGACUGCACCGCGCGUCCCUAAACCAAACGACAUCAGCCGCUACAUCAUCCGCUACCAUCCGAUCGACGACGAGGAUGACAUCACCGAGCGCAAUGUAGAUGGGAACAUCCGUAAUGUCAUUCUCCGUGACCUGAUGCCCAACACCGAGUACCUAGUGAGUGUGUUGUGUGUAUACGAAGGCAGGCAGAGCUCACCUGCAAUCAGCACCCAGAGAACAGUCCUGGAUUCCCCGGUCAAGUUGACUUUCUCAGAUGUCGGCACCAACUCCUUCACUGUACACUGGCAGCCCCCUCAGGCCAGCAUCUCUGGCUACCGCCUGCGCCAUCAGAUGGCCAGCGGAGGGCGCUUUAAGGAGGAGAGAUUGCCGCCUUCAAGGACCCACUUCACACUGACCGGCCUGAAUCCUGAGACUCAGUACAUCGUCAGCGUCUACGCUGUCAGCGGCUCUCACGAGAGUCUCCCCCUCACCAGAACCCAGUCAACAAUUUCUGACGCUCCUACUGAUCUGGUGGUCACUUCUUCAACACCUACUAGCAUCACCAUUCACUGGGACGCCCCCUCUGUUACUGUUAGGUACUACAAGAUUACACACGGAGAAUCAGGUGGUCACAGCACUCCUAAAGAAUUCAUGGUCCCCGGCUCCCAGACCAGCGCCACCAUCGACGGUCUGCGGCCAGGCACCGACUACACCAUCACUGUGUACGCUGUGACAGGAAGAGGGGACAGUCCUGCCUCAAGCACCCCUAUUUAUGUCACAUACAAAACAGACAUUGAGUCUCCAUCUGAGAUGGAGGUGACUGAUGUGAAGGACAGCACCAUAACGGUGCGCUGGACACCAGCUGCUGGUCCAGUUACUGGGUAUCGCAUCACUGGAACUCCUCGCAACGGCACCGGACCAUCUUUCUCUGAAGUGGUCGAUCCAGACCAGACAGAGAUGACAUUUUCUGGACUGAUGCCCACAGCAGAGUACACAGUCAGUGUUUAUGCUUUGGGACAGGAUGGAGAAAGCCCUCCGCUGGUAGAGACCAUCCUUACCGCUGUGGACAAACCGAAAGACCUGAGCUUUACUGAUGUGGACUCCACAUCCAUGCGGAUCUCCUGGGAUAGCCCUGAUGGCCAGGUGACUUCGUACAGAGUGUUGUACUUUACCCCAGAUGAGGGCGAGAGAGAGCUGUACCCCGCUCCACACGGCGAUGAUGAAUCUGCGGUGCUGCAUGGACUUCGUCCUGGUAGCGAGUAUACCGUUAAAGUCAUCGCCCUUCACGAUCGUACUCCCAGCCCCCCGCUGGUGGGAACCCAGACCACAGCUAUUCCGGGCCCUUCCAAUCUCCAGUUCUCUCAAGUCGGCCCCACUUCCUUUACUGCGUCCUGGUAUUCAGGAGCCAACGUCCAGCUGACUGGUUACCGUGUGGCCAUAACUCCCAAAACCAAGAAUGGCCCCACUAAAGAAAUUCACAUUGCACCGGACUCCACCCAAUACCACGCCACUGGACUUACGCCUGCAACUGAGUACGAGGUUGAGCUUUAUGCUGUAAAGAAUUCUCUAACCAGCCGCCCAAUCAAAGGAGUCAUUUCUACUCACGACAACAUCAGCCCACCUCGCCGCGUUCGCAUCUCGAACGUGAAGGAUUCGUCCAUCACGCUGACCUGGCGCUCAAAGACUGAUGCCAUAUCUGGCUUCCUGGUAGAGGCCACGCCCACUUCUGGAGGUCACAACCCUGUGCAGAUCACCGUUCCAUCUGACUCUCGCACCUACACCAUUACUGGUCUGCAGCCAGGUACCCCCUACAAAAUAAAUAUUUACACUGUAAAUGGAAACAGCCGCAGCGAACCCUUUACUAUCAUCGCCACCACAGCAAAACCGGUAAUCAGCCCUCCGACAAACAUUCGCUUCACCUCUCUGACCCCGAGCACCAUCUCAUUCUCUUGGGAGCCCUCACGCAGCAUCAUCACGGGAUAUUACAUUACCUACGAGGACAUCCGGGGUGUCCCACGAGAGCUUACCCCAAGACCUGCUGCUGGCCGAACUUCUGCCAGCAUUUCUGGAUUAAAGCCAGGAACUGAGUACAUCAUCAAGAUUGUUGCUCUGAACAAUGGCCAAAGAAGCACUCCUCUUGUGGGCAAAGCGAGAACCCAAGUGGAAGACUUGUCCCCUCAGCUCCCAGUUUCCCAUCGGCCCAGACCAGGCGUGCUGGACGUACCAGAGGACGAAGGCUUCAACAGCAAUCACGUGUACCUGGUGGGUCCCGACAGACAUGACACAACCGGUCAGCAGGGCCAGCACGUCUACACCGAGUACCAGAGCCUGGGCCUGACCAACAAUGGGCGGCUGCAGCCCCUGGCACCACACCACAGCAAACCACUGGUCUAUAUCCCCCUGCCAGGGGAGGAUGGGCACAGAGUGCCAGUGGUGAAAGUGGCUGACAGUGCUCGUUCUGGCUUCCCCUUCGAAAAUCCUUUUAAUGAAACGGAGCUGCCGCAGGAAGCCCAGACCCAGACCACCAUCACGUGGCCGUCAGCACCACACAGCUCGGAGUACGUGGUGUCCUGCAGUCCUAUCACAGAAGUGGAUGAGCAGAGCUUUCAGAUGCACCUUCCUGGCUCCUCCACCAGUGCUACAUUAAUUGGUCUCACCCCAGGAGCCUCCUAUAAAAUAGUUGUAGAGUCGGUCAAUGGAGAUCACAAGCAGAAAGUCCUGGAUGAUGUGGUGACGGUCAGCAACAGCGUUGCAGGAACUGGAGCGGUCACCGCGGGCAAGGAGAUGUGCUACGACACAUUCACUGCCAUCUACCACGAGGUCGGCGCCGAAUGGGAGCGCAUGUCUGAGACGGGAUUCAAGCUGUGGUGCAGGUGUCUCGGGCUGGGCAGUGGCCAUUUCAGAUGUGAUUCAUCCAAGUGGUGUCACGAUAACGGUCAUAACUACAGGGUCGGAGAGAAGUGGGACCGCCAGGCCGAGAGCGGACAGAUGAUGAGCUGCACCUGCCUGGGCAACGGGAAGGGCGAGUUCAAGUGCGAGCCACAUGAGCUCACUUGCUACGAUGAAGGAAAGAUCUACCAUGUUGGUAACCAGUGGCAGAAGGAAUACCUCGGCUCCAUCUGUACCUGUACAUGCUUCGGUGGACAGCAGGGUUGGCGUUGCGAGAACUGCCGUCGACCUGGCGCUAUCGAAGACGUAGAUCUCCACCAGCCUCCAGUGCACACAGAUGUUUACAACCGCUACAGAGAGAACGCCCUGCGUAAACUGAACAUCCAGUGUCCCAUCGAGUGCCUCAGACCAGACCUGCUUGCAGAUGCACAAAGCCCUUCGAAAUAAAUUCUAUUCCGUUCCAUGCUAGAGAGGAGCGUCACAUAGAGACCGUCCUUACUGUAGUGUCCUUUCUUCUGUCUCCUCUCAGUCCUGCUGUCCCACGCUGCACACCCACUCCUGAUACACCUCACCCCUCUCUCAGUGACAAGGACGGAAUGCUUUUACUCAUCUUUUGAUCACCACAACAUUAAAUACACUCAAGCCUUCAAUAUGGACAGAAUCAUUUAAGUACUGGAGAGAUGUGGAAGUUCUCUAAACUCUGUGUUAUUAGUUUUGUUUUUAUUUUCUUCAAAUCAGCAGAACCAGCAGAAACCAAAGACUUUAUAACUUUAUCUGCUCUUGCCAUUGUUGCCGUUUGUGCCUCUGUAAGACACGAUGAUGUUCCGACUGAACCUCACGGCCAUCAUUUAUUUUUGUACGUGGUCUUUUAAAAAAAAAAAUGAGACCAAUUAAAAAAGCAGCACUGUGUUGAAAUGAAAGUCUCUGUGCCUUGUAGGCAUUUUGUAUUAUGUAGUAUUAACCCCGUUCUGAAUUGGUUGGGUUGAAUCUGUGGCCUUUGCUUCCCUAAGGAAAGCACUGUAUUAAUGAUACACACGUUUUAUUUUUAUUUAUCCCUUUUAUCAGUGCAUUUUUAUAGAAUGCAAUUUUGGAUGUACACUUUUUUUAUUUUUUUAUGUUUUUUUUUUUGGUGCCAAAGUUUUAACUACUGUGGACAAAUUCCCUUUUUAAUAAACUUUUUAUAAAAAAUAUGUCAUGUUCGUUUCAUUAU